UCAAGGCCUUUUUCAAAUUUCCUCGAUCCCACUCCCUUCAACGGCGCAAAGCUUCUCACUGCCGCCGCCGGCGGGAUCGAGAUCACCGCCGGAGAGAUCCGGCAUCGGAGAUCCACGAAAAGCCUCUCCUUGUCUUCUCUUGACCACCUUACCCGGCCGAGAUGCCGUUGGAUCCCGAUGGAAAGGAAGGCUGACCUUCCGGCUCCUCCGCCGUCAAGCAUCUCCAUCCGUCCGAUCGCCGGCGGAGACUCCAAUAUCACGUCGUCGUCGACGUCUUCCUCCUCCUCGCUUUCCCUCUCCCCUCCCGAUUUCCUCCGCCACGUUCAUGCCGUCUUCAAGCGCCACCGCCCCCUCGGUACUAUGCAGUCCAAUUUCUCCCGACCAGCUCGUGCAACUCGUGUCAUGGUUUCACAAACAGAGUCUUCAAAGAAUCGCACCACCAUCUCUGCCACGACUAGUGACAAUGUUGGUAAUAUAUUGCCUCAAAGUCAAGUGGUUGUUGGAGCCGUAAACCAUCCUAAAAUAUCGUUAGAGGAGAGGAAGGAUGCUGCUGUGGAAGUUAGAAUUAACACUGCCGAGGAUUCCUCCCUUACCCCUCCAUCAAUAACGGGAACUAUAACUGCUGCAAAUGAUGAGAACAUGAACUUGUUUGCUAUACAGAACAGUGAUCCUGCUUUACGGGCUGUUCAGAGAGGCCUUAGCAGUGGAUGUCUCAAAGAAGCAACAGUCCUCUUCUCUUGGGGAUGCUGGUUCAGUUUCAGCUUUUCAGAACUUUAUGCUGUUCAGGUCCAACUUGUUAGAGUAAGCAUGAGAGUUAGAUAUUAUUUAUCUAUCUUAGGCUACAUUCAUGCAGGUGCUGAUGCAUGGCUGAAAACUCAUAUUAGAAUGGAUGACAUUUCAUCUUAUUUGAAUUCUCUUGCAUUGACAGAGGGAGGAGGAGGCAGUUUGAACAACGAAACAGCUGUGAGUGAACAGGAUUUAGUGAGACAUAAUGAACCAAGGGAUAGUCAUCACUUUGUGGCUCCAAUAACUCGGUCUUCAGUUGUAGGCGCCUCAAAUGCCACUACGAUGUCAGUGCACUCCUGCCCAACAUACCAGGGGACACAUGCUCCUUUGGGUGGACAAACUGCCUUUCCAACUCAAAUGUCAUCAUCUGCUGUGGAGAACUCUUCAGCUUUCCAGGAUUAUGGCCUUCAAGAGGGACAAGGGAGUUUAAAGAACGUAGGUGAGGCUCUUCAGCAUCAACAUCAGGCUCUUCAUAUGGGUAACAGCAUUAAAGAGAAAGGUGGAACUGAUUCUGGUAAAUGCUCCCCAAUCUCUAGUUCCUGGGGAGGUAACCCAUCCUCACAUGUGGAUCUAGAACCUUCUCAAUCAAGCAAAGUUGAAAAGGUCUCUCGUAAAAAGAAGUAUGAUCCAGAUGUUUUCUUCAAAGUUAAUGGAAAGCUCUAUCAAAAAUUGGUAAAAAUAGGCAGCGGAGGGAGCAGUGAAGUUCACAAAGUAAUAUCAGCCGACCGAAGUAUAUAUGCUCUUAAGAAGAUCAAACUUAAGGGUCGUGAUUACCCAACUGCAUAUGGAUUUUGUCAGGAGAUAGAGUAUUUGAACAAGUUGAAGGGAAAAAACAAUAUCAUCCAACUGAUUGACUAUGAGGUCACAGACAAAACUUUGCUUAUGGAGGUUGUGAAUGGCAGCAUGACGGUAAAGGAGGGGAGGAUUAAGGAUGAUGAGCACAUCUAUAUGGUGCUUGAAUAUGGAGAAAUUGAUCUGGCCCACAUGCUUUCACAAAAGUGGAAAGAGAUGGAUAGCUCAAACUGGAGAUUGGAUGAGAAUUGGCUGCGAUUUUACUGGCAGCAAAUGCUUGAAGCUGUGAACACUAUACACGAGGAGCGUAUUGUGCACUCAGACCUGAAACCUGCAAAUUUUCUACUUGUUAGAGGCUCAUUGAAGCUUAUUGACUUUGGCAUUGCUAAAGCCAUCUUGAGUGAUACAACCAACAUCCAGCGUGAUGCACAGGUUGGCACACUGAACUACAUGUCUCCAGAGGCAUUCAUGUGGAAUGAACAUGAUGCAAAUGGAAACACUAUCAAGUGUGGACGUCCUUCAGAUAUCUGGUCCCUUGGUUGCAUCCUCUACCAAAUGGUUUAUGGUAAGACACCAUUUGCAGAAUAUAAGACCUUCUGGGCCAAGUUUAAAGUCAUAACAGAUAGGAACCACGAAAUUGUAUAUGAGCCAGUCUCCAACCCAUGGCUCAUUGAUCUGAUGCGUAGAUGUCUUGCAUGGGACCGGAAUGAGAGGUGGCGGAUACCUGAGCUACUUCGGCACCCAUUCCUUGUUCCUCCAUUACCAGAGGAACUUCCUCUCCCUCAAGACCAUCCUUGUAGAUUACUUAUGCAGAAGGUUCAACUGUUUUGGAAUGAACCCAAAGUAUCUCAGUUGUGUUCUGAACUCCAUAUGAUUGUUGAAAAACCUUAAACAAGCAUCAGACCUAACCAGGCACGCAUGACAAGAAUGCCAGCUUGCUUGAUGCUUACGAUGCGCUAUUACGGAAUGGUUUUCUUCUGUCAAAUAUAGGGUUCUGUUGCUUGUACUGCUUUUUAUUUCAACCUAUU